AUGGGGUGUGUCAAGUUCCAUCUUCUUCUUCUCUUCUUGACAGUGCUGAUGGCAUCUCAUGCCGAAGCUGAAGACUUCGAUAUCACAAAGCAUGGUGCAACUCCUGAUGAAGAUAUUACCCAGGCUUUAUCGGAUGCAUUCAAGGCAGCUUGUGAUGCUCCAACUAAGAGCAAAAUUAUAAUUCCCAAAGGAACAUUUCCUUUAAGCAAAAUAACAUUGGCUGGACCUUGUAAAGCUCCUGUUGAGGUUGAGGUUCUUGGCACGGUGCAAGCUCCGGCUGACACUAAAUCCUUUGUUGGAUUGGAUAGUUGGAUCACCUUUAGUUACAUGGAUGGUUUCACAUUAUCCGGCACUGGAACUUUUGAUGGCCAAGGUGCUUCUGCUUGGGAGGUCAACAAUUGCCACAAGUCUCAAGAAUGUGUCAAACUUCCCAUUGGUAUAAGGUUUGAUUUCAUCACCAAUGGAGUUGUUCAGGACAUAACUUCCUUAAAUGCUAAAUACUUUCAUUUCAACGUAUUGGGUUGCAAAAAUUUUGUUUUCCAACAUGUUACGAUCACUGCACCUGAAACAAGCGUCAACACUGACGGAAUUCAUAUUGGUCGCUCCGACGGUCUUAUAGUCACCGAUACUAACAUUGCAACUGGAGAUGAUUGCAUCUCUAUUGGCGACGGCACCAAGAACUUGACUGUCACAAAUGUGAUAUGCGGACCCGGUCACGGUCUUGCCAUUGGAAGUCUCGGAAGACAAGCGAAGGAAGAGCCGGUUGAUUUGAUCACAAUGCAACACUGUACUGUCAAGAAAGCUAUGUUUGGUGUCAGGAUCAAGAGUUGGCCUUCAGCUCCUGGAAAACCAACAGUUUCUAAUAUACGUUUUGAGGAUAUUACCAUGGAAGAUGUCUCCACUCCGAUGCUCAUUGAUCAAGAGUACUGCCCACAUAACCUGUGCAACUUGAAGAGCCCUUCACUAGUUAAAAUUAGCAAUGUGAUCUUCAAAGGCAUUCGCGGUACCUCCUCAACUCGAGUGGUGGCAAGUCUAGCUUGCAGCAGUGGAGCACCAUGUGAGAACAUCGAGGUUGGAGACAUCGAUCUUAAGUAUACCGGAAAGGAUGGACCUGCAUUAUUCACUUGCUCGAACGUGAAGCCAAUACUUAGUGGCAAACAAGAUCCUCCUGCAUGCACCGAACAAGCUGGUGCUGAUCUCCCCGCAGCUGCAGCAUCAGCUUGA